GUUCAUAGUAAGCUUCCGUUCAAUUUGCCAGAUAGUAAAUAGCACGUCAGCGGGAAGGAUUACUGCCACGUGUCAAUUAAGUAAAGGGCAAAAAUCGUCUGUCGGUUGCCAAUGUAUCCGGUUAAGCCACCGGACACGUGCCGUUUCGUCACGCCAUCACCGCUCGAAUCCCUAUAAAUUGCACAAAAUUAAAACGCCGCUUUCCGUCGCACUCUCUUUUUCUUUCUCACCCACCAUCUGUCUUUCACAAGCACAGCACCACCGGUUCACCGGCCACCGGCCACCUCCGCUGCGGCCGCCAUUUCCGGCCAUUUUCUAGCUUGAAACCUCUCUAGUCUGAUAAAACCAGUGAAACCUGAUGCUUCCCGUCUCCAACUCCGUCUCCCCUGAACCUUAUGAAAAGCCUAAAACCCUCGAGAUAAUCGUGCGGAAGAACUCGUUUAACUCGCUCAACUCGGUCAUCCAAUCACGCGGAUGGCUUCUCCUGACUAUCCUCACUAUUCAAUUCAUUCUCCUUAUGACUCUUCGGUCAUUCCCCUUCCCCCGCCGUCACGCCCAGUUCACUUCUUCCUCCUCCCCUGUUCUCUACCUUGCUCUCCGUAAUAAUUUAUCACGAGCCGCAAACGGCGUCUCCUCUGCAAUCCCUCUCCAGCCUGAUGAUGAAUGUGGUUCGGGCCGGGUCUUUGUAUACAACUUGCCCAAGACCUUCAAUACUGAGAUUUUAGAGCAGUGUGACAAUCUCAACCCAUGGAGCUCCCGGUGCAAUGCUCUGGCCAACGACGGGUUUGGGAACGAAGCGACGGGGCUGAAAGGUAUCGUGCCUGAUAAUUUGGUUUCCUCUUGGUACUGGACUGAUCAAUUUGUUUCGGAGAUUAUCUUCCACAAUCGGAUUCUCAAUCACAAAUGCAGAACCAUGGAGGCGGAAUCUGCUACGGCGUUCUACAUUCCGUUUUACGCUGGGCUAGCGGUGGGAAAGUAUCUGUGGCACAAUUACACACACGAUGACCGGGAUAAGCAUUGUCAGAUGAUGCUGAGGUGGGUUCGUGAUCAGCCGUAUUGGAAUAGAUCCAACGGCUGGGAUCACUUCAUCACGAUGGGGAGGAUCACAUGGGAUUUCCGAAGGUCGAACGCCAGGGACUGGGGGUCGAGCUGCAUCUACAUGCCCGGCAUGAGAAACAUCACCCGCCUGUUAAUUGAGCGAAACCCGUGGGAUUACUUCGACGUCGGCGUGCCCUACCCGACCGGAUUCCACCCGAGAUCCGACUCCGACGUCGUACAGUGGCAGAAAUUCGUCCGCCAUCGCCAACGCACGAAGCUCUUCUGCUUCGCCGGCGCCACACGCGGCAAAAUCAAGAACGAUUUCAGAGGGCUCCUGCUGGAUCACUGCAGGAAGGAAUCGGAUUAUUGUCAGGUCGUGAACUGUGGCGGGACCCGGUGCUCCAACGGUACAUCCGCUAUAAUCGAAACGUUUCUGGACUCGGAUUUCUGUUUGCAGCCAAGAGGCGAUAGUUUCACCCGCCGAUCAAUCUUUGAUUGCAUGGUAGCCGGUUCGAUUCCAGUGUUUUUCUGGCACCGGACGGCGUAUUUACAGUACCAGUGGUUCCUACCGAGUGAACCCGAGAGCUACUCAGUGUUCAUACACCGCAAUGAGGUUAAAAACGGAACUUCCAUUAGAGAAGUUCUGAAAAAGUACAGUAAAGACGAAGUGAGGAAGAUGAGGGAGAAGGUGAUCGAGUAUAUACCCAAGUUGGUUUACGCAAGAUCAGAGAAUGGGUUGGGGCACAUAAAAGAUGCAUUUGAUGUCGCCAUGGAUGGUGUGUUGAGGAGAUUCAAGGAGCACGAGGAUGAGAACUGGUACAAGUGGAAAUGAAAGUUUUUCUAAAAGAAUUUAACAGAGAACGAUACAGAAGGAGUGUGUAUUGUAUAGCAGAGAUUCUAAGAAGCAGGUAUCACUACAAUUUUUCAUUUUCUCUUGGCUUUUACUUUUUUUUAGAACAUGAAAAUAGGAUCUGGGUAUUUUUUUUUUUUUCCUGUAAUUUUCUACGUUUCACAUGUAUUAAUUGCAAAAUUAUUUAAUUAGUUGCAGAUUUUCUUUGAUCUGCAAAUGCAAAACGAUGGGUCUUAGGAGGAUAAUGUGUUACAGACAUCAAAAAAUAAAUGGGUGUAUUAUAUUAUUCACUAUAAAUUACUUUUUGAGAAGCCAA